UGAAGGAUCUCUGCUGUUUCUCUGGCUUUAUAUCUGCACGGUGGAAGGUGUAGCUUCUGAGCUCCAGAAACGUUACUGCUUGAGAACACAAAUGGAACUAGAAAUUCAUCAGAACUCCGCAAAUGGCAAAGUGGCCCAUCCUCAAGAGCCCCAUCACCCAACUGAAAAGCCAGUCAUCCACUGCCAUAAGUGUGGAGAGCCAUGUAAAGGUGAAGUACUCCGUGUUCAGUCCAGGCACUUCCACAUCAAAUGCUUCACCUGCAAAGUGUGUGGCUGUGACUUGGCACAAGGAGGCUUUUUCAUUAAGAAUGGGGAAUACCUUUGCACCUUGGAUUACCAGCGCAUGUACGGUACCCGCUGCAACGGGUGUGGGGAGUUUGUUGAAGGAGAAGUAGUGACAGCUCUGGGAAAAACUUACCAUCCAAACUGCUUUGCCUGUACAGUUUGCAAGCGUCCAUUUCCACCAGGUGAUCGAGUUACCUUUAAUGGAAGGGACUGUCUCUGUCAGCUGUGUGCUCAGCCAAUGUCCUCCAGCCCUAAAGAACUGUCAGCCUCAAGCAAUUGUGCUGGCUGUGGAAGAGACAUAAAAAAUGGACAAGCAUUGCUAGCUCUCGAUAAGCAGUGGCACCUGGGGUGCUUUAAGUGCAAGGCCUGUGGGAAGGUCCUGACUGGGGAAUACAUCAGCAAAGAUGGUGCUCCUUAUUGUGAAAAGGACUAUCAGGUUCUUUUUGGAGUCAAGUGUGAAGCAUGUCACCAAUUCAUUACUGGGAAAGUACUAGAGGCAGGUGACAAGCAUUAUCAUCCCAGCUGUGCACGAUGCAGCAGGUGCAACCAAAUGUUCACAGAAGGAGAAGAAAUGUAUCUGCAAGGUUCCACUGUGUGGCAUCCCGACUGUAAGCAAUCCACUAAGACUGAAGAUAAGCUACGGCAUUCCUCAUCUGAGUUCUUUUAUCCAAAGAGUCUGGUUCUGCGCAGACCACGCUCUGCAGAGCUAUUAUCACCGCCUUGCAUAAUGAACUCUAUCAAAAAACUAAGGCAGCCUACCAGAACAUCAUCAGAAAGCAUUUAUUCCAGGCCAGGUUCCAGUAUACCUGGCUCACCGGGCCACACUAUCUAUGCAAAAGUAGACAAUGAGAUCCUUGAUUACAAGGAUUUAGCAGCCAUUCCCAAAGUCAAGGCCAUUUAUGACAUUGAACGUCCAGACCUAAUUACUUAUGAGCCAUUCUACACUUCCGCCUACGAGGACAGACAGGAGAGACAGAGUCUUGGAGAGUCUCCACGGACAUUAUCACCUACCCCUUCAGCAGAAGGUUAUCAAGAUGUUCGGGAUCGCAUGAUUCACAGGUCUACUAGUCAGGGCUCUAUUAAUUCUCCAGUGUACAGUCGCCAUAGCUACACGCCCACCAUGUCACGCUCCCCCCAGCAUUUCCACAGACCCGGCAAUGAGCCGUCCAGCGGUCGGAACUCCCCUGUCCCCUAUCGGCCAGACAGCCGCCCUCUCACUCCAACUUACGCUCAGGCCCCUAAACAUUUCCAUGUUCCAGACCAAGGUGUCAACAUUUACAGAAAGCCACCAAUCUACAAGCAACAUGAUGCAGCUGCUUUGGCAGCACAGAGCAAGUCCUCCGAGGAUAUCAUCAAGUCCUCCAAGUUCCCAGCAGCUCAUGCACCAGCACCCAACGAGAUACCAAAGAUUGAGACGGACCACUGGCCAGGUCCUCCCUCCCUUGCAGCCAUAGGAGCAGACAUGAGACGCAGGUCAAGUGGAAGAGAGGAAGACGAUGAGGAGCUACAGAGACGUCGGCAACUGCAGGAGGAGCAGCUCAUGAAGCUUAAUUCUGGUCUUGGACAAUUGAUACUGAAGGAAGAGAUGGAAAAGGAGAGGUCAGCCUUUUCUGCCAGUCGUUACGAUUCUCCAGCCCACGCUUCAGCCUCCAAAACCUCUUCUCUUCCUGGCUAUGGAAAAAAUGGACUUCACAGGCCGGUGUCUACAGACUUUGGUCAGUACAACAGUUAUGGGGACGUGAGUGGUGGGGUUAGAGAUUUCCAGUCCCUUCCGGAUGGUCAUGUCCCUGGAAUGAGAAUGGACAGAGGAGUAUCUAUGCCUAACAUGUUGGAGCCAAAGAUUUUUCCAUAUGAAAUACUCAUGGUGACCAACAGAGGGCGAAAUAAAAUACUAAAAGAUGUAGACAGAACCAGGCUGGAGCGUCACUUAGCACCUGAAGUUUUCCAAGAGAUAUUUGGCAUGACGAUACAGGAGUUUGACAAGUUACCUCUCUGGAGACGCAACGACAUGAAGAAAAAAGCAAAACUCUUUUAAUCUCCCUUUAAGCAAACAACUAAAAAUGACGUGUAGGAUGUUGUAUCCUGCAAUCCAAACUAUUUGGAAGCAUCCACUUACCCAUCAAAAAGGGAAAACCGCAUAGUGGCACCUCUACACACAGCAAUUGAACAAGAUGAACCUUUGCCCUCCUGCAACACAGGGAGAAAAUAUCUGGGCUCAGAAACAACAGUGAUAAUUUUCAGAGGUGUCGGCCUUUUACAUGAUAAAUAUACAAGAUAGGAAACUUUUCUUCUCCCUCAGUGAUAUUCCCUUUACUUCUCUCCAUAACAAGAUGGAACUUUAUUGCUAGAGCCAGGAAGUGCCCUUAGGAUGCCUUGUAGACUAAAGUAGUUGUAACCACUCCAAGAACUGGAAAAGAAAUAUAUAUAUAUAUAUAUAUAUAAUAUAUAUAUAUGUAUGUGUGUUUGUGUGUGUGCGCACAUGUAUUUAUAUCUACUCAUCUGUGUAUGUAUGUGUAUAUAUGUGUAUAUAUGGAGAGAAAGACAGAUACUCCAUAGUGAAGGAGAAGCCCUUUGUAACACAUCCAUAUGGUCACGUCCAGUCUUUCACACAACUGUUUCUUCACCGGCAGUCUUUUGAAACUGCAUCUUUGUGUGAUACUAUCUGCAGAGGUGGGCACUUUGCUCACCUACAUGCAUACCAGUUGAAUUCUCAGAAAGCAGACUCCUUGUACUUGUAUAUAUUUGCUAGGAUGUAGGAAGUGAAUUGCUGUGUCUGUUGUCGGUCUUCCCUCUUCCACACUUUCUGCUUGAAUUAAUAAGGCUGGAGCUUAACCAGUCAAAUAAUGUAAGAUCACCUGAGUAAUGGGAAUGAUGGAGAAGAGUCAGUUUUCUUGUAAUUUAGUCCAACAGAUGGGUAGCUGAAGGUGGGAAUGAUAGAGUGAGAAAAUGCUUUUUUAAGUGUGCCCUGGUUCACACCCAGAGAUUUUGGACAGACUCCUUUCUAGUAAUUAAUUACUAAGUACAGCUCCUUAGACUGCAGUGGAUUUUACAUCAGCAGGGAAGGUGGUUCUCUGCAAGUCAACAUAAAUUAUCAUCCCUCUUUAGGAGGAAUGUUUAUGAAUUGAAAGGUACCACCAAGGUGCCAUGCUCUGCCAAUAGAGGCUAUCUGAUUAAAUUGCAGUUGCUGUUGUCAGUAUGGCACAGUGCAUGGGGCCAAGCAUCCCUUUUUAGUUAAAGUAGUUUUUCACUUCUGCUUGGGAAAGAAGGUGCAGCAUCUUUUUUUUUUUCCUCUCUUGAAGCUUCAAAGCUCCAGCCUUGGUUAUUUUUAUUUCCCUUUGUGCCUGACUUGGUUUAUGAAGACAGAGAAAUCAUGCAAGGUGGUUUCUGAGCUGCGUUGAACUUUUUAUUGCUUUCAGUCUUCUUCCACUAUAUUGCAGCUUGAAAAAUAACUGCCUAUAUAUAUAUAUAUAUAUAUCUUAACUGCUUCUGGGCAGGUCCUAUACAGAGAAGGACAUGAGCACCAAAGUAACUGAAUGAAUGCAUUGUGGCUGCAGCAUCAGCUUUUUCUCUUCUUGAUGCUUAACUGCCAAUGCAAACUGCACUAAUGACCAUCUCCUAGUAUUGGAGGAAGUCAUUUAGGUUCUGUGUCUGUCAAAGAAUAUCAAGGUUUCAUUCUUAAUGCAGAAACUUUUGGCACUGGAGACAUCAGAACCUUUGUAUUUUCUGUUACAUUAGACAUUAGAGUUAAAAUCUGGAAGUCAGGAAGAGGAAACAGUCCCACGUAGUUGUGAGGUUCACUACCACUGUGUUGAGUUCUGUAUGUCACCAAAUGGCAUUUCACCAUGAAAUGUGCAGGACUGCCCAAUCCUGCCCCAUCUUUGCUGGUAUAGGUGGUCCUGCUGGAGCAGGUCACUGUGGUUCAUGUGCUCCAUGCUCUGGAGCUAAGUGAAUGGUGGGUCCAAGGGGUGUGAUUGAGAAUGUUCUCACAUGCAGACCUGGCAGCAUUGUCCCCACUGAACACAGGUCCCCACUGAACACUGUACCACGCAGCUGAGUGUGGCUUGGCUAUCUGGACUUCACUGAGAUUACAGCAAGGAUUGGUUCAACAUUUUUUACUUCGUUUUUCAGAACCAGCAUCUGAAAUGGCUUUAGAGGAACACUGAGAAACAAAUGGGAGCGAGGAGCACUGGCAGUUAGAGAUGCAUUUUUGAGUGAUAGCUGAAACCUCAUCCAUUUUACAGUCAUAAGCUUUGUGAGCACUAGUCUCCAAAAUUCAGUGUAUGUUACCUGCAAAUUGUGGCCUUAUGUUGAGAACACUUGGAUUUGAUCAUUUAAAGUAUUAAAAUUCUCUAAACUUUACCAAUCCGUAUCCUAUAGGUGAUGCUGCGCUGCUGCCACCCAAACACAGUGGGCUUUGUAGGUAUCUCAGGUCACCUUGACAACAGACCUUUCUGAUACGAAGACUGCUGUCACAGAUGUGAGCUGCCAGCCCUCAGCUUUAGGUUGUUGAACAGUGUAUGUGAAUAUCCUACCCAGUCAUUUCAGAGAUGACUAAGGCAGGUUGUCUUCUCUCUCCCCUCAAAAAAAAACCAAAAGAGAAAAAAAGAAAAGAACCCAUUCCUCCAGCCUUUGAAAAAUGACAAGAUAAUCUGUGUCUGCCUUAUCAGCUGAGAAUUUAAAGUUGCAGUUGCAGCAUGGGUAGGAAUGAAGAGAAGCCAGCUUAGAUGCUGCAGAUACAAUUAAUCUCCUAAGUGGAUUUUUGGGCUGGUGCUGGUUCAUAUCUUGCUGGUGUGGAGCAUAGUCAGUGCUUUACUUCUGAUUGAGACCAUGAGGGUUUUCUGAGCAUUCGUAUCAUGCCUAUGCUUAGUUCCUGUUAACCAUCCCAGCCACCUAUAAGCAGACGCACCCCAAAGAUCUCACACCCUGAAUACACUGCAGCCAGCCAGCAUGUGUUUUGCAGUGGGCUCUUAGCAGUUGUCACUGCAGCACUUUCCCAACUUUAAUCUGCUCUUCCCACCUAAUAAAAAGGAAAUGCAGCCCUGGGGAGAAUUGUCUUUGUAAUCAGUGAAUCAUUUUCCUAGUAUCAAUCCAGUAGUGUAUUGUUUGUUGGGCAGCUCUGCACUGUUAGAUGAUUCUUUGUAAUUCCCCUCUCAAUGUUCCCUUGUGGCUGAUAAAUUUGAAUACUGUAAUCUAACAUAGAGCUUUGUAACUAGACUUUAAAUAAUUCAGUAAAUACUUAAGUGUGUAAGAAUAUGCCUUAAGUACACACUCAAGUACUUCUGUCUCCUGCAAAGCAUCUGAGCUUCUGAUGAAGUCCUAUCAAACAGUGCUGUCAACAGUCUCUGCUGAGAGGACCGAAAACUGGUUAUCUCUUGUUUUUUCCCCUUCUGCUUUAAGAAUGAUGAGCAAAGACCUGUAAAAAUAGGUGUGCAGGAUGGAAUUACAAAAUAACCACACGUGUGCAAAACUGAAUUAUAUACAGAUGCAGUUGAGAUGCUGUGCAAGAAGUUAACCUGGAAUUUCCAACUAGUUGUGUUAAAUAGGCAGCCGUAAGUCUGAAAUGAAGGCUGUCACUUACAGAUGCCUUGUUCUGUGACGUAUGGAGUGUGCAGGAGGCAAGGUCACUUUCCCACUUGAGAAAGCAGAUUUAGAAAUUACUAAACUGUCCAUUGUUUCUCAAUGAAAUUACGUGAUCUAUUGUGGCCUCUGUUUAGGGAGCUGAAUUUUAGCAUCUCAACUUUGACAGUGUCCCAUCCCAAGUUUCUUUGGGAUCCUAAACUGGGAUCCUAAACUUUCUGUACAACUGGAAGAGUAAUUUCUCGUGAAGCUCACUCACAGAACUUCGUGAUUUUCUUUUUGUUACCAUUUCACGCUGGUGUCAUUUAGGAGACAUUUUAGUGGCAUAACUCUCAGAAACUUAUUUUUGUUCUCAGUUUGGUUAGUAGCCUUUCAUUAAACAUAGUUUGUGAUGCAUCGUGCACAUAGCUGCAGUGUGCUGUGAAAGGUUAGACUAGGAAAACAGGAAGUUUCUUAAUAGCUGCAUGUGGAGGCAAGAGAGCUCUGUGGUUCCAGUAAUGCUAUUAGUCCUGUCAAGACAGAUGUCAACUCGCCUUACCAACUUGUCUGGCCCCAAGUCUGUCUGCGCCUAGCACUGAAGUGCCCAAGCUCUCCCUUGCUGCAAUUAGUCUGAAACUAGACAUGUUUUGAAAUGAAAUCCCUUUCUGUAAGCCAUUGCUGCUCCUGGAGUGUCACUGCCAUGUCAGGUAAUAUCAGUGCAUGGAGAUGUAUGAAGUUCUGGAGGAGGACAGGUAGAAUAACUAUAGAAUCAUAGAAUAUCUCAAAUAGGAAGGGAUUCACAAGGAUAAGCAGCAGGUCAAGGGUGGUGGUCCUUCCCCUGCACUCUGCACUGGUGAGACGUCACCUGGAACACUGUGUCCAGAUGUGGGGUCCUCAGUACAGCAGAGACAUGGACCUGUUGGAGCACAUCCAGAGGAGGGCCAUAAAGUGAUCCAAGGCAAACACCUCCCCUGCAAGGACAGGCUGAGAGAGCUGGAACUAUCUCUGGGGAGGCCUGGGAGCAGCCUUUCAGUACCUAAAGGAGGGGACAGAAUCUUUAUCAGGGUCUGUUGUAAUAGGACCAGAGUUUCAAAGUAAGAGAGGGGAGGUUUAGAUUGGGUUUAAGGAAGUUUUUUACAGUAAGGGUGGUGAAGCACUGGAACAGGUUGCCCAGGGAGGUGAUGGAUCCUCAUCCCUGGAGACAUUUCAGGUGAGGCUGGACCAGGCACUGAGCACCUGAUGGAGCUGUAGAUGCCCCGGUUCAUUGCAGAGAAGUUGGACCAGGUGACCUUUAAAGAUCCCUUCCAACUCAAACAACUCUGACUGUAUGAUCAUCUGGUCCAAGCUUGAUUGCUCCAGAGUUUGCUGGAGUGGUGUUUAGCAGACUUAGAAGAAAUGCAUGCCAGUUUGUAUUGCCUAUUUCAGACUGUGGAGAAGUCAAGUUUGGAGCACCUGUAGAUUAUGAGCAUCUUUGCUCAAGUCAGUGAUAAUAACAAUGCAUAAAACAUGCAGGAAGCGAAAAAAUCUGCUGAUCUGUGCUGAAAUACCAGUCAUUUCCCAGCAGACUCUUGAGGCUUGGUCCCACAACCCCCUUUCACAUUUGCUUAGGCCCAGGUCAUGGUCCAGUUCUUUGCCAGCAUAUCUGCUGGAGUCCAGCAUAGUCAUAAUGUGUAGAUGUGGAAGGAGUGAUCUUGCCAACACAUGGUAUGAUUUUACACCACUGCUAUGGAAUGAAGAGCCUUUCUCUUAGUGUAGAAACACUCUUAUCGCUGUGGGUCGCAGGACCGUUCUUGCUGGUGAGUUUUUCUUCUGACUUCUCCCACACAACUAUUUUGUGCUUGAUAAAGUAGAAAACAAAAAAUCUGUUACAAUGCAAAGAUGCUGAGAUUUUAGUGAGGCAACUCUGCUGGCAGGAGCUAUGUGAUGCUGGCAGUUGCAUAGAGGGAAUAAGUGUUAUUAAUUUUAAUGUGAGCAUCAGUGCAGGAAGUGGGAAUCUAAUUGGCCAUUAAUGUUGUUUGCCUGUAUGCAAAAUAAAUUAUUUGUUGCCCAAAGGGCUUCUAGCAGGGAAAUAGAUUUCUGCCAAUGAUUUCCUCAAAAAUGCUUGUCCACGUGAAGAGGUGCUCCUUCCACGUGCACCGUGAUCCUUCUUUAGAGGUAAAAAGAAAUGACUGAAGGCAAGCCGUAACCUGGUAUGCCAGAAAUGACUGUAGUUAAUAUGAGUGCUUCUCCCAGGACUUGUAAGGCUGAAGCCCACAGGACCUUGCUCCUAGGCAUUAGGAAAUGAAGUGUAGAAAGUCUUGAAGAAGCAGAAGCAAAUCCCAGCGGUGCCUUACCGGGCUGUGCCUGGCUCCCGUGGGCGCUCUGACAGGUCCCCCAGUGCAAACCCACUGCGGUCAGUGGAUUCUCUCACUGAUGUCUGCACAUUUGGGAGCAGGCAGGCUCUUUUCAUCUGUCGAGACCAGAAGAGUCUCAGAGUAUCACCAUUGGGUCUGUCUUGUCCAGGCAGUGCGACUAGGUCAUUGCUGAUAACUCUUCCUGUAAGAGGGCCUUACAUCUGGGACUUUUUUUUAAGCUUUGGAAACUGAAACUAAUUUUUUUCAGAGGUAUAUUUUAUUUUUAAAAGAGUAGAUU